GUGUUUUUCUGCAGCCCGAGAGAGAGAGAGAGAGAGAGAGAGAGAGAGGCUUUUGGUUUUUCUUCCUUCUCUCCAUGAAAUCCCAUCUCACCUGAAAAUGGCGGUUUCCUCAGCAACCCCACCUCUCUGGGACAGCGUUCUAGAGCUCACUAAGGGUGCGCAGGAUAACGGCAGCGACCCCCUCAUCUGGACAAUCCACCUCUCUUCUACCUUGAGCUCAUCUGGCGUCUCCCUUCCCUCCAUAGACCUUUCUCAUGUCCUUGUUUCCCACAUAUGCUGGGGAAACAACGUCCCCAUGGCGUGGAAGUAUCUUGAGAGGGCGGUGGCGGCGAAGAUUGCUCCUCCGAUGCUUGUCCUCGCAUUGCUUUCUUUGAGGGUGAUUCCUUGUCGACGUUCCCGGCCUGCUGCUUAUAGGCUUUAUAUGGAGCUUCUUAAGAGGCACGCCUUUUCAUUUGCGUAUCAAAUUACUGGACCAAACAAUCAAAAGAUAAUCACAUCUGUGGGUGAUGUUCUCAAUCUUUCCCAGAUAUUCGGCGUUCAAGCAUGUGAGCCAGGGGUGCUAGUAGUUGAAUUUGUUUUUUCCAUUAUAUGGCAGUUGCUCGAUGCAACAUUAGAUGAUGAAGGGCUGCUGGAAUUGAUCCCUGAAAAGAAGUCCAGAUGGCCCACUAGGCCCCAAGAUAUGGAAAUAGACGGCGAAAAUAAUUUUGAUGAGAAAAGAAGUGAAAAUCAUGAUAAACUACAAAAAGUGAAUAUGGUGAUGGCCAUUGAACUUAUUGGGCAAUUUCUGCAACAUAAAAUAAUUUCAAGACUUCUUUACUUGGCACGCCAAAACAUGCCAUCGCAUUGGGGAGCCUUCAUGCAGCGCUUACGAUUGCUUGCCUCAAACUCAUCAGCAUUGAGGAAUUCGACUAUAUCUCCAGAGAACCUGCUGCAGCUGUCAUCAUCAUAUGUGCCUAAACACUUCGGACCAGAAUGCAGGUUGAGUCAGUACAAAGAACACCGUUCAGUUAUUGCUUCCGGUUCUUUGGCAUAUUUUGCCGGUCACUAUUAUGGAGUUAAUCGUUCUGCGCUUUGGAUUCCUUUAGAUAUGUUUCUUGAAGAUUGUAUGGAUUACACACAAGUGGCAGCAUUGGGUGCCAUUGAGAUUCUCACUGGUUUGAUAAAGGCUCUUCACACGAUUAAUGGGACCAACUGGCACGAUUCUUUCUUAGGUACUUGGAUGGCAGCUCUCCGGCUUGUUCAGAGGGAAAGGGAUCCAAUUGAGGGUCCUGUACCUCGCCUUGACACUCGCUUAUGCCUUUUACUAUCUAUCACAACACUUUCAAUUGCUAAUAUUAUCGAGGAAGAGGAAGCUGAACUCAUUGAGGAAAUGGAGCGUGGUGCCACCAACCAAUGGAAAGAGAAACAGGUGGUGGGGAAGCGCCGUAAGGAUUUGGUCUCCAGCUUACAAGCUCUGGGUGAUUACGGGAGCUUGUUAACUCCUCCACAAUCUGUUAUUUCUGUAGCCAAUCAGGCGGCUGCUAAAGCGAUGUCGUUUGUUCCGGGCGUUUCAGUUGGGAGCGGAUACUAUGAGUGUAUUAGUAUGAAUGACAUGCCAAUGAACUGUUCUGGAAAUAUGCGGCAUCUGAUUGUUGAGGCUUGUAUUGCACGAAACCUAUUGGACACAUCAGCUUAUUUUUGGCCAGGCUAUGUCAAUAGACGCAACCAGAUACCCCACGGCAUGCCUGGCCAAGUGCCUGUUUGGUCUACGUUGAAGAAGCCGUUAACCCCAUCAAUGAUUAACGCCUUGGUGACAACUCCUGCUUCCAGCUUAACAGAGCUCGAGAAAGUAUUUGACAUUGCAGUCAACGGGUCGGAUGAUGAGAAGGCAUCUGCAGCUACCAUUCUUUGCGGUGCCUCUCUGCUUCGAGGUUGGAAUAUUCAGGAACAUACAGUCCGUUUUGUCAUGAAACUGCUCUCACUGCCUGUUCCUGCCGAUUAUUCUGGGACUGACAGCCAUAUGAUAAGCAAUGCUCCUUUGCUGAACAGUCUUCUUGUAGGAAUUUCAUCUGUUGAUUCUGUUCAAAUCUUUUCACUGCAAGGCCUGGUUCCAGAACUUGCAGGUGCAUUGAUGGCCAUCUGUGAGGUUUUCGGGUCCUCUGUGCCCAAUGUCUCUUGGACCCUCCCAACAGGAGAGGAGAUCACCGCCCAUUCUGUGUUCUCGAAUGCAUUCAUUCUUCUGUUGAGGCUGUGGAAGUUCAAUCAUCCACCACUGGAGCAUCACGUAAUGGGAAAUGGUGCUCCCGUUGGUUCUCAGCUAACACCUGAAUACCUUCUACUUCUACGUAACUCUCAAGUCGCGUCCUCCAACAACACACCCAAGGACCGAAACAGCAGCAGGCGGCCGCCGAAGAUAGCGACCUCAGCAUCUAUGAAUCCCAUCUUUGUUGACUCGUUUCCCAGGUUGAAAGUUUGGUACCGACAGCAUCAAGCUUGUAUAGCGUCGCCUCUCACCGGCCUUGUUCCCGGCACACCUGUUCAUCAAAUUGUAGAUGGGCUUCUAAAUAUGAUAUUCCGGAAGAUGAAUAAAGGAAGCCAGUCUGUUACUUCGGGAAGCAGCGUGAGUAGUUCUUCGGGCCCCACAAGCGAUGACGCAUCGCUUCGACCCAAGUUGCCUGCAUGGGACAUUCUGGAAGCCGUUCCCUUUGUAGUUGAUGCUGCUCUUACAGCCUGUUCUCAUGGAAGACUGUCACCUCGUGAACUGGCUACAGGCCUUAAAGAUCUCGCUGACUUCCUGCCUGCAUCUUUAGCAACUAUCGUGAGUUAUUUCUCAGCUGAAGUAACACGUGGUGUUUGGAAGCCUGCUUUUAUGAACGGGACUGAUUGGCCGAGCCCUGCCGCAAAUCUGUCCACAGUCGAAGAACAUAUCAAGAAGAUCUUGGCUGCCACUGGUGUCAUUGUUCCAAGCCUUUCCGCUGGAGCAAGCUCCCCGGCCACGCUCCCAUUGCCGCUGGCGGCCUUUGUGAGCCUCACAAUAACAUACAAGCUCGACAAAGGCUCUGAACGCUUCUUAAACCUGGCGGGUCCAGCCUUGGAGAGCCUCGCAGCAGGUUGCCCCUGGCCCAGUAUGCCGAUCGUUGCCUCCCUGUGGGCCCAGAAGGUGAAGCGCUGGAACGACUUUCUUACCUUCUCGGCAUCCCGCACUGUAUUUCAGCAGAAUAUUGAUGCCGUCCUUCAGCUCCUCAAGAGCUGCUUCUCUGCCACCCUUGAUCUUUCCCCUGCCCACAUCUCGAGUAACGGCGGCGUCGGCGGCCUUCUCGGUCCUGGAUUUGGGUCCCACUUCACCGGCGGGUUCUCGCCUGUCGAACCUGGGAUUCUCUACCUACGGAUCUACCGGUCGGUCAGAGACAUUAUGUUUGUAACGGAAAAGAUUCUUGACCUUUUGAUGCAUUCGGUGAAAGUAAUAGCUGCAGGCAGCGGGCCGCAGGGAGAGCAAGUGGAUAAGCUGAAGAAGUCCAAGUUCGGGACAAAAUACGGGCAGGUUUCUCUUGCUGCAGCGAUGACGCGGGUGAAGCUGGUGGCCAUGGUUGCGGCCUCGUUGCUGUGGCUGUCGGGCGGUUCCGGCCUGGUCCAGACACUUUUCCAAGAGACUAUCCCGUCUUGGUUCCUGUCUGUGCACAGAUCGGACCAGGAAGUUGGGGGUGGGAUGGCCGCCACGCUGGGUGGGUAUGCGCUCGCCUACUUUGCGGUGCUCUGUGGGGCGUUUGCUUGGAGCAUGGACUCGGUGUCGGCCACCAAGCGGCGGCCGCGGAUCAUCAGGGCCCACACGGAGUUCCUGGCGGGGGCGAUUGAUGGGAAGAUCACGCUCGGGUGUGAGUGGGCCACAUGGCGGGCGUACGUGUCAGGGUUUGUGGGGCUGAUGGUGGGGUGCAUGCCGACAUGGGUGGCGGACGUGGAGGUGGAUGUGCUAAGGAGGCUGAGCAAGGGGCUGAGGCAAUGGAAUGAGGAGGAGCUUGCAUUGGCUCUGUUGGUUGGCGGCGGCAUUGGUGCAUUGGGUGCAGCUGCCGAGCUGAUAAUUACAGGUAAUUAGCGAGUUAAUUACUAAUUAGGAAAGGUGAUUAGCUAACCCUUUUCUUCUUGCAUUGUUUAUGUUUCUCUCCAUCAGUUUCUAUACAACCAAUGUAUAAUACCUGUUCAGUCAAUCUGCCCAUGGGUUCAUUUUGGCCA